AUGGGGAAGGAGAAGCUUCACAUAAACAUUGUGGUGAUCGGGCAUGUGGACUCUGGGAAGUCCACCACCACAGGACACCUCAUCUACAAGUGCGGAGGCAUCGACAAGAGGACCAUCGAGAAGUUUGAGAAGGAGGCUGCAGAGAUGGGGAAAGGUUCGUUUAAAUACGCCUGGGUUUUGGACAAGCUGAAAGCGGAGCGAGAGCGCGGCAUCACCAUCGACAUUUCCCUGUGGAAGUUUGAGACGAGUAAAUACUACGUGACUAUCAUCGAUGCACCGGGACACAGGGACUUCAUCAAGAACAUGAUCACUGGCACCUCUCAAGCCGACUGCGCCGUGCUCAUCGUGGCCGCGGGCGUGGGAGAGUUCGAAGCCGGGAUCUCCAAGAAUGGCCAGACCCGCGAGCACGCCCUGCUGGCCUACACGCUGGGGGUGAAGCAGCUCAUCGUGGGCAUCAACAAAAUGGACUCCACCGAACCCAACUACAGCCAGAAACGCUACGAGGAGAUUGUGAAGGAGGUCAGCACCUACAUCAAGAAGAUCGGAUACAACCCCGACACCGUGGCCUUCGUGCCCAUCUCCGGCUGGAACGGGGACAACAUGCUGGAGCCCAGUCCCAACAUGUCUUGGUUCAAAGGAUGGAAGAUUAACCGUAAAGAUGGUCAUGCGUCCGGCACCACGCUGCUGGAGGCUCUGGACGCCAUCCAGUCGCCCUCUCGUCCCACGGACAAACCCCUGCGCCUGCCGCUCCAGGACGUCUACAAGAUCGGAGGUAUCGGCACAGUCCCGGUGGGCCGCGUGGAGACCGGGGUCCUCAAACCGGGGAUGGUGGUGACGUUUGCCCCGGUGAACGUGACCACAGAAGUGAAGUCUGUGGAGAUGCACCACGAGGCUCUGCCCGAGGCGCUGCCCGGAGACAACGUGGGCUUCAACGUCAAGAACGUGUCCGUCAAAGACAUUCGCCGUGGCAACGUGGCCGGGGACAGCAGGGUCGACCCGCCGCAAGAGGCCGCCAGCUUCACCGCCCAGGUGAUCAUCCUGAACCACCCGGGUCAGAUCAGCGCAGGUUAUGCCCCCGUGCUGGACUGCCACACGGCUCACAUCGCCUGUAAGUUUGCGGAGCUCAAGGAGAAGAUCGACCGUCGCUCGGGAAAGAAGCUGGAGGACAACCCCAAGUUCCUGAAGUCCGGAGACGCCGCCAUCGUGGACAUGAUCCCCGGAAAACCCAUGUGUGUGGAGAGCUUCUCCGAGUACCCGCCUCUCGGUCGUUUUGCCGUGCGUGACAUGCGGCAGACCGUGGCCGUGGGCGUCAUCAAAGGAGUGGAGAAGAAAGCUCCGACCAGCGGGAAGGUCACCAAGUCCGCGCAGAAGGCCCAGAAGACCAAAUGA